UACGCGUUUCAUUGUGUCACAACUGGUCGGACGGUACGGGUGGGGUGUUUCUGUUGUUGUCUUCGAAACGCAGUGAAUCGAUUAUGUUAAAUAUACAAUAAUCGCAGUGAAAAUGUUGUGCUCGUGUUGCAGCUAGUGUGCUAGCAAGAUUCCCUUGCCGCUGUCCUAGAUGGGCUUAUAAUAGAAGCGAAGCGCAAAUGUGUAAGUGCAGCAAGAAAUAAAAGUGUUUACACGUGCAUAUCCCCGUACAUCUCAGAAGAGGUCACCUCCCUCAGUGCAAGCGAAACAUCGCAUAAAGGUGUCCGCAUCCACUCCGCUUGCUCUGUGUGUGUGUCCGGUGCCUACUGUGUGUGCGUGUGUGCAUUGGUUGCUGUGUUUCGAUCCCUUUGCUCCCGAAUAAAGUGAACCGUGAAAUUCCGCCGAAGGGAAAAGCCCACCCGCCAUAAACACACACACACACACACACACACACACACACACACACACACACACACACACACACACACACACACAGGUCACAUCCACGGCAACCGGUACACAUUAUUCCCAGCUAACACAGGCAGGCAGAGGCUGCACGGUGUACGAAAUUUCGAAGCCCCCGAAGUGACCACGGAACACCCACCAACGCAUCGCCAUGGCUACGUCCUACAAGGAGAUGGAAGAAACCGAAGAUAACACUGAACUCGAUCCGAGAAUUCAGAUCGAACUCGAGAAUCUCAACACGGCAACGGACGAUAUUAAUAAGCUCGAGAUUGAACUAGAGGAAGCCAACUCCACCUUUCGGAUACUGAUGAACGAAUCGACCCGCCGGUUAAAGCUGUCCUCGAAAAAGCUCGGCAGCUGCAUCGAGAAGGCCCGCCCGUACUACGAAGCGCUCGAGAAGGCGAAGGUGGCCCAACUGGAGUGCCAGGCGGCGACGCUCAAGUACCAGCGGGCGAACGAGAUACACGCGGCGGCCAAGGAAACGGUCGCGCUGGCCGAGCAGCGGUUCAUGAGCAACUCGCACGAAUGGCAGUUCGACAAUGCCUGGCAGGAAAUGUUAAACCACGCUACUAUUAAGGUGAUGGACGCAGAGAAACAAAAGGCUGAAAGUGGUGCUGAACAUCAGAAGAAGGCGAAGGUGUUCGAGGAGGCAGAAAAGAAAGUACAACAACUGGAGGAACGCUACCGAAGGAGCAUACAGAAGUCGCGGCCCUACUUCGACGAGAAGCAGCUAUGCCAGGAGCAGCUGGAAGCGCAGAAGGGCCGCAUCCAGCAGCUCGAGCAGCAGAUCCAGGCGGCCAAGAGCGCCUACAGUACCGCGCUGCGCAAUCUGGAAAAGAUUAGCGAGGAGAUACACGAGCAGCGGGGCGAUCUUAGCCAGGCCGCACCGUCCGGCCCCCGGGAACCGGGCGUCGGAGCCGAGCUGGCUAACAUUCUGCCCACGGCAAGCAGCACCACCGCCAGUAGCAACUCCAGCAACAACCUGCACAAGGUACCGGGCAAGGAUCGGUUCCCGUACAGCAGCACCAUGCCGGACAUUUCGAGCGAGCUGGACAAGUGCGAAAUCCGCUCAGUGGGCAGUGCGUCGGUCGCGACCAGCUCGGCCGUCAGCGAAAAGGAUCCAUCCGAGGAGGACGACUACUCCACCAUGACGCUGCACGACGACGAGGACGAUCUGCCGGCGGCAGUAGCAGCAGCGGCAGCAUCAUCCACCGUCGAUCAGGAUGACGAUCUUCACCUGGAGCUGCUGCGGCAGAAGGUGCGCACGCUGGCAGUGCGGCCGGUUGAGGGUGGCGAUGGGCAGCAGCAGGAGCAGGAUGUGUGGGAGCACGAGCUGAAUGCCACGGUCGACAAGCUCGACCAUCUGAUGAUGUUGCGCGAGUGUUCGCGCAGCAGCACCCUGAUGAGCGGAGCGGGUGAUACUGGUACCCCGGCUGGUGCCACGUUCAGCAGCUUGCCAACGACGCCGAAGCAUCAAAACCACCUUCAUUACCACCACCCCCACCAUCAGCAUCUUCACCAGCAGCAGCAGCCGGGGCGCGGUGUAUCCCUUUCACCAGUGGACCGGUCGCCCGCGCACGAGCAGCACACCACGAUCAAGAUGUUCAAAAAGCUCGACCCCUUACCAUUGGCCAACGUGUCGAUGUACGCGCUUCCAACGUAUCUGAACGCGGCGGCUACGAAUGGUAGCAACGGGGGGUGCAACAGUUUGCUCACGCCAAUUUCAGCCACCUCGCCGCCGGGUGGUGACGUGUGCGAAGCGAACGGUGACGCCGCGCUCGCCUCCAAGCUGAAGCGCAAAAUGUCCAUGUAAAAUCAUCCCACAGCCACUUUCGAUGAGCGGGGUUGGUGGUGGUGAGACAGGUUGUAGUAAAGCAAGUGAUCGAAGGACAGCGUUUAGCAAGGAGUAGCAGCAGCGCAGGGGGAUGGCAGACGGUUGCCGGUAGUAUUAACAAGGUUUAGAGAGGUAGUAAAGGUGGUGUAGAGCAGUACACAACAGUAAGAAGCAACCAAAACGGGGAGGCCAUACCGUUGAUGGCCUUUCGCUUUUCUUCCCUCCGUGAUGGGGCGCGGUUUGUUUCGGUUUUUGUUUUGGUUUUAUUUUAAUUUCUAACGUACCAUUUACCAUUUAAAAAAGCGGCAUAGUAUUGUAAGAAAAUGAGAAAUGAGAAAGAGAGAGAGAGAGAGAUAUAUAUAUAUAAACACGAUCUAACAACAGAUUUACCUUUGAAAGCGAGCUUGAGCCAACGUCUCCUUGCUUACUUUAUAUAUAUAUUACAAGUUAUAGAAAUUGUAGGAAAAAGGUAGAUGCUAACAUUUUAAACGUUUUAAAAAAAAGAGCAGAUCAACUAAAUAGAUUAUUAAAAAAGAAACACACGGAAAAGUAAACAAACGAAAAAAACAUAAACACAAAGAGGGUCACAGCUCCUGAACACUUCCUUCCCAGAGAGACAGAGAUAGCGAGAGAGAGAGAGAAAUAGGUAUGUUAUGAAAUUCGUUUUUAAAAUGUUAUAAAAAAGUAUGGGCGAAAGAAGAAGGAGCAAAAAACAUGGUAGAAACAAGGAACAAAAACCAAAAGGAACAAAAUUACAUAUGAAAACAGCUUUUCAAUCUCUCUCUCUCUCUCUCCAGAUCGAGAUCCACGGUCGGCUGAAUGUUUGCGCGGAAACACACCGACCUCUUGUUGCGGGUCAUCCGAGUAAGAUGCGUACUAGCCUUAAAUUAGUAAAAUUAAACAGUUGUGAAAUCAUCGCUCCGAAUGAGGAAACAGUGUUCAUGUUCCUACCAUCACAGAAUUAGCUGCUUUCGAGUAUGUUUCCAAGUGCGUGUUUUGGUGGAUAAAUUAAACUCUUUGCAUUGCUAUUAGACAAACAACACAAAAUAAUCACCACAAUACCACGAUAGAUGCAAUACACUGUGAUUAGACGGAUGCACAAUAGCGGCAAUGAGUCGCAUGGAAUAGCAAUAGCAACUAGGAUUCGGCAAGAAAGAGAGAGAGAGUGGAAGAGAGAGUGAGAGAGGAGAGAGUGUGUAACCACAACAAACACACAUGUUUAAUCGGAGCACCUUUAGGCAGCAAGGCAAGGAGAAAUGGAGGGAAUUAUAUAGUGAGAAGGAAAUUCUUACCUUCCAAUUGGAGGUAAAGGGGUUCUUCUACCAUCGUCCUGGGUAAAGGGCAAUCUUUUUAUGAAGGUUGUGUUGCUGACAACCAGUUUUCUUUUUGUUUCCUUGUGCAAUCCUUUUUGGACUAGCGUCAAUUUCUCAUUUUUUCUUCUUCUUCCUAUCUUCAAAAUCAAACGCUCCCGGCCCGGAAAGCCUUGCAUUUACUACUUUGUGCUAUCGAAUAUCGGCGCUUUCGGAGGGGAAGCAAUGUUGAUUUAUGUUUCUCACGCACUAUUAAAUGCGAGCAACACACCAAGCCGCAAACCGACUACUGCUUUGCUUUAAAUCGAUCCCCCAGAAGUAACCAAUAGCAACAGCAACUACAAUCCCUCCUCGAACCUUGCCUGUGCCAACACAAACACACACACACACAAUCGGUAACUAACAUCGGACAGAAGAUCAUUUUAGAGUUACUCUACCAUACUACUAGAUGUAAAGUAAAGCCGGCCGGGUACGAGACGACGGCAAAAGAAACGAACAUCCGGAUAGGUUCGACGAUGUUCGAUGACGGCCCGGGUGGAUGAUGGGUGGGUGGGUGGCACAUGCGCCCGCCAACUGCAGAAGUAAGAUAGAACCGGCGGAAGUGGUGUGGAGCGUGCCGUCGUGUUAAAAUAGCGAAGCGAAAUAAAACUUCUGAUAUAAUGAAAUAAA